UUCUGGGUGAUUAGACAACGCGAUGUCACGUGUAUUCGUUUGCCUCUUCGUGCUCUUCUUCCUCAGCAUCGCCGUGCAAUUUGGCGAUUGUGAAAACGUUAAACCAGAAUACGAAGAUGAAAAUAUCAAACCUGGUUCCGACAAAGUUGCGCCUGUCAAAGCAGGAAUAAAAGAAAUAGAGUCGCUAUUCGAUAGGCUGAAAAAUAUUACGUUGCCCUUCGAGCUGGGCAAUCUUUUCGGAAAGAACAAAAAAGAUUCGCAAAAAAGUUCGGGAGAAGAUUCGCGAGAAAAUUCGCAAGAAGAAUCUAAAGUAUAAGAGGAUCCCUAACAGAUCUAGAAGUCAAGAUGAGGGCAAUCUUUCCAGGGACAAAGUGGUGCGGUGAUGGAGAUAUUGCAGCGAACGACACCGAUCUCGGUAAAUUCAAGGAAGUAGACGCCUGUUGCAGGGAGCAUGAUAAGUGCACGAUCAAUAUUGAAGCUGGCAAAAUGCUUGGUAAUCUCAUGAACGACGGUCUUUUCACAAAAUCCGCUUGUACUUGCGACUCCAAAUUCCAUUCUUGUCUGAAAGCCACCUCCAGCUUUAUGGAUAAGGUGAUUGCUAAGGAGAUCGGAAUGAUGUACUUCGGUAUGCUGCAACCGCAGUGUUUCCAAUGUAUGUGCCCAGCGGAAGGUUGCAAUCUUAAAGAAAUGGACUGCAUGGACGGUUGCAAGAAGUACGAGUGGGUUGACAAUGAAAAAUUUUGAAGUUACAUUAAGUUGACCACCAUAAUAACUGACAUUGCAAUAUUGUAAAAUAAAAGAAGAUCCUCUAAUUUCAAAGCUUUUGUUUUAAGUAUAAGAUCUUUGAGACCUCUUUAAAAAUGUAAUUUUGAUGUAAAUAUCUUCGCAGUUUCGUAAUUCUUGAUAACAAAUGUAUGUCUUUUUUUGAUCUUUAUUUUUAAUAGAGACAGAAAUAAUGAUUCUUAGAGUCAGACAGAUGAGAAAUUACUAACUAUACUUUUUUUAAAGACUAUACAUUACUAUGCAUAAUGUACUCUAAAACUAUAUAUUUUAAUAUACAUGUUUGUGCAAUUGUAAUGCAUGUAUACGAUGUGCGAAAUAUAAAUAAAACAGAAUUUGCAUGAUAAUUAUAAAUAAAACAGAACUUGCAUGAUAA